AUGCGCUGUUCUAAAAGCACAGAUAAUUUGCCUGUGCAGUUGCAUUUUGCACAAGCAAAUUUACUUUCAAAAACUGUACAGUUGGCAAUAGAGUUUUCUGAUAGCACUUUGCCAAUUAUGGCAGCAUGGGUCUAUCUUGCACUUAUAACCUAUCUCAGUCCCACAGGACUCUCAUGCCAGUAUGACAUAAGAAAAGAUACAAAAGCUUUGAUCCUAAUAGUACUACAGGGAGCAAUAAACAGCUAUGAGACUGUUCAAGUCAUGGAUGAUUAUUUCAGAAACUGGAAUCCAAACAAGCCUUUUGAUCAAGCCCUUGACCCAUCUAAAGAUCCAUGCCUGAAGGUAAAGUGCAGCCCUCACAAAGUGUGUGUCACUCAUGACUACGAGACAGCCACUUGUGUAAGCCGCAAACAGUUGGUACACAGCCUUCGGCAAAAGAAAGGAAAUCUGCCCCAGAGGCAUUGGGCUGGAUCAUCUAAUUUAGUUAAAUGCAAGCCAUGCCCUCUGACGCAUGCCAGUUCUGUUUGUGGUUCCGAUGGGCACACUUACACCACCAAGUGCAAGUUGGAAUUUCAUGCCUGCACAUCUGGAAAAAAUAUUGUAGCUCGAUGUGAAGGGCCUUGCCCAUGCCUUCCAGGACAAGAGAGUCCAAAACACAAGACUGCUUGCACAGACAAGGAACUGCGAAAUCUUGCAUCCCGCCUAAAAGACUGGUUUGGCAGUCUUCAUGAAGAUGCGAAUCGUGUCAUCAAGCCAACAAGCUCAGAUUCAGCACAAGGCAGAUUUGAUACUAGCAUAUUACCAAUCUGUAAGGAUUCAUUGGGCUGGAUGUUCAACAAACUGGAUAUGAACUAUGACCUUCUCCUUGAUCACUCUGAGAUCAAUGCUAUUUAUCUGGAUAAGUAUGAACCAUGCAUUAAGCCUCUCUUCAACUCCUGUGACUCCUUCAAAGAUGGAAAGCUUUCCAACAAUGAGUGGUGCUACUGCUUUCAGAAGCCUGGAGGCCUCCCGUGCCAGAAUGAGAUGAACAGAAUUCAAAAGAUGGGCAAAGGGAAGAACUUGAUGGGUGCCUUCAUCCCCCGCUGCAAUGAAGAAGGCUAUUACAAAGCAACUCAGUGUCAUGGAAGUACUGGCCAGUGCUGGUGUGUGGAUAAGUAUGGAAAUGAGAUUGCUGGCUCUAGGAAACAAGGGACAGUAAGCUGUGAAGAAGAGCAAGAAACCUCAGGGGAUUUUGGUAGUGGUGGAUCAGUGUUAUUGUUGGAUGACCUGGAAGAAGCAUACGAAGCAGCAAAAAAGGACAAACAGAAGAUACAUGUAAGAGCAACUAAUGAGGACGAUGAAGAUGAAGAUGAUGAUAAGGAUGAUGAAAUUGGGUAUAUAUGGUAGUUCCCAUAACUCUGAGGACUCAUGUUUUGCACAAUGUCACAAAUCAUUUUGUAUCUCCACAGAGAUAAUGGAAACAUCAGGCAUCACACACGAAGUUCAGUCAAUCUGUAUGGGCCUCCCAGUAUGCACACUGAUCUCCUUCCCAAUUGGGCUUUCCUUUCACUUUACUGGUAGCCUCACCUCCCCAGGCACACUGGAGAUCAGCAUGCAUAGCUGAAUCUGUCACUAAAGUGAACUGGGAAGACCUUUUGCAUGUGGUGCACCUUGUACACAGGGGGUAACUUUAUACACACAUGUGCAUAUGGGUUCCUGCGGCCAUCAUACCGCCAGUAAGGACAACUCUCUCGCCACUUGAUUUAAUUUUAUAUGCUCUAUAUUAAUUUGGAAGACCGUUUUCACUCUCAAAUUCUCCUUCUCUUCAGCAUAACUGCAUGCAUUCUUCUCAUCUGUUUUUCACUUUUUUCCAUAAUUAACCUAUUCACGCAGCAUAUCAUUUUGAAUGAAACAGUGACCACGGAAGGGAGGGACAGGGAGAUAGUCCAUAGUAAACUUCUUUCACACUAUAGCUUCCGAGGUUUUCCUAUGGCGGGUCCUUUUCCAUUGUGCCGUUUGCUGUCAGCUACCCCACUCUGCUUUCUUUUCAGCAGCUAAGGCAGGCUAUCUUUUUGUCUUGCUAUGCAGAACCUGUAAGAAAAGAUCAAAUUGAUUUAGCGUUCUGGCUUGGCCAAAUUAUUUCAUUUUAUCUCUCCUCCUCAUUUUGCCUGAUGUUGUUUAGCGAAAGGAGAGCCGGAUGCCAAUAGUACUCAGUUAAAGUUCUCCCCACUGACUAUGAGUGUAGAGGACAAGAUCUCAGUUGACCUUUCAGCCCAUUAAUCAAUUUCAGUUCAGUUUAAGUUAAUGAAAGUGAUGCUGACUUUAAAAAUAAAUUGUUGAUUUGCAUGCUUACACACGAUGCUCACCUUUCGACUUCUAACAGGAGGAACCUCCUUUUCAACACAGAGCAGGAAGUCAUGCUUCGCAAAGGCGUUUCUUUGCUUCUUGUUAGACUUUUUGCAGACUUGCAAGUCUCGAAUUUGUUUUAAUCGAGUUUGCGCUAAUGCUAUGCAAGCUUCUCUCUGCUUCCGGAAUAGCAUACCAUUGGAUUGCUGAAAAUGCUUUUUUUUUUCAUUUACUCUAAUGAUUCCUCAUAGGGAAGCACUGAAACUGUCAGAGGCACUAACCAUCAAAAGUAAUAAGCUGUCUUUCCUUUAUUUUAAAUUGUUAGUAUUUAUUUGCUUCAUUUUAGAAGAAAAAUAUCCUUAGGCAGUUGUUUCCAUGGUUAAUAUCAUUCCUAGUUAACAUCACAACAGAAACUUACACUCAUGAACCAGAAAAAGUGUGGAAUAGAAUUAUUCCAUAAAUGGUCCUGAAUGAUUCUGUAUCCAUAGCAGCAUCUUAUUGUACUCAAUUGCCAUUCAUUGUCGGAAAAUAGAUGUGCUACUGUAGGCAUUAUAACAAGUGCCCAUUUUUAUCUUAUUAAAUGCAAGGAAAUCAAUAAGUCUUUUAAAUUCUGCAAAAACUAAGGGCCAUCUCUACUUUAGUCUGUCU